GUGUGCAUUGUUCCUUUAGUGUCUCCUUUAUCCGCUGUAAUUGGAUCCUGGAGGGAGCCGGCGAGCAAAGGAGGGGCCGAGGGAGGCUGGGCGGGAUUGCAGGGGGAGGCAAAAGAGUCCCGAGGCUUCGGCCUCCCUAGCCUGUCAAGCCUUUGAUUUCAUUGUUCCGGGCUGAUGUCACUCCCAGUUGUCACAGACGCCUCUCCGGGUGACAAUGUGGGACUAGGAGGAGGCACGGCAAGGACCCCCCUGGACAGACUCCGAAGAUUUGGCGCCUUCUGCUCCUGCUAGACCCUGGGUGUUGGUUUCCUUAGGAGCAGACCCAUGCAUUCCUACAUCAUGGCAUCACCAGAUAGGAUGAGUGGCUCAGAUAAUGGACUAGACGAAGCAGAACUCAGCAUCACUCUCACCCUUCGAAUGCUUAUGCAUGGGAAGGAAGUUGGCAGUAUCAUAGGCAAGAAAGGAGAGACUGUGAAGAGGAUACGGGAACAAAGUACAGCCAGGAUCACAAUUUCAGAGGGAUCCUGUCCAGAACGGAUCACCACUAUCACCGGAUCCACUGAUGCAGUUUUUAGAGCUGUUUCCAUGAUUGCUUUCAAGCUGGAGGAGGAUCUGGGAACAGGAGCUGCCAAUGGAGGAACCGUCUCCAGGCCACCUGUCACACUGAGGCUGGUCAUUCCAGCCAGCCAAUGUGGCUCGCUCAUUGGCAAAGCAGGAGCCAAAAUAAAGGAGAUCCGAGAGACCACAGGAGCACAAGUCCAAGUGGCUGGAGACCUCCUCCCCAACUCCACCGAGAGGGCUGUGACAAUCUCUGGAGUACCAGAUGCCAUCAUCCAAUGCGUGCGACAGAUCUGCGCUGUCAUCUUGGAGUCUCCACCAAAAGGCGCCACUAUUCCCUAUCACCCCAGCCUGUCCCUGGGAUCAGUUCUUCUUUCAGCCAAUCAGGGAUUUUCCAUGCAAGGACAAUACAGUGGUAUGUCUCAAGCAGAGGUGUCGAAGUUGCAGCAGCUUUCUGGGCAGCCUGUCUCAUUCGCUUCCUUGGGACAAUCUCCAUCAAUAGUAGCAGCCCUGGACACGAACGCUCAGAAUAGCUCUCAGGAGUUCCUGGUUCCUAACGAUCUCAUUGGCUGCAUCAUUGGCCGCCAGGGCAGCAAGAUCAGCGAGAUCCGGCAGAUGUCCGGAGCACACAUCAAGAUUGGGAACCAGACCGAGGGCUCUGCUGAGCGUCACGUGACCAUCACCGGCACCCCCGUCAGCAUCACUUUGGCUCAGUACCUCAUCACAGCCUGUUUAGAGACGGCCAAAUCUACCUCCCAGACGCCCCCCGUUGACCUCGGCAUGACUUUCUCCCAGCCCCUCACCCCUUCGCCAGCCCCAACGCUGACAGCAGUGGCCGCGCCUCCCCCAGCCUUGCUUGGUGCCCCCUAUGCCAUCUCCCUCUCCAACUUCAUUGGCCUGAAACCCGUCCCCUUCUUGACGCUGCCCCCUUCCUCAGCCACGGGGCACAAUGGCAGCCUUGCCACCUACACGACCAAGAUCUCGACAGCCAAUGCCAGCAAGAAGGCUGAGAGGCAGAAGUUCUCCCCAUACUGAAACAGGAAGGUGGGGCAGGGAGGGGGAACCUUAGGAGAACCCUCACAUGCUUUGUUAGAUGGCAUCAGUGUCGGGCCGCUCCAAAGCGAGACUACCUGGGGAAAGAGGUGAGGGGGGGGGGAGCCAAAUGUGCAGGAAAGGAAGUGUAUGUGGGAGAGGAUAACCGAGACAGCUCUUGAAAGCAGUGCUGGCCAUGAGUCAGUCGGGGAAGCGGUGCUUCUGCAGAGCUCCCCCUCGGUCCUGGCUAAAGAUAUGUCUGUCAUGGGUAAGAGCAAUCAAGCCUCGUAGUUUUGCUUCCGCGGAACAAAUCUCUGCCCCCACACUAUAAAGUGUUAUUAUCCUUUACCUUCCAUAAACCUUCCUGAUCGCCUUCACCAAUGAAGAUGAAGAGGUUCUCUCUCCAUCUGGUUUCCUGACCAGUUUUCUUUUUUCAGGAAAACAUGUUACUCAAAGACAAUUGGAACCCCACUCAAAUUCUUUGUACUGUAUUGAUAGAGCUGGGGGUCUUGGGAAAGGUCCCAUCUCGACUGUGGCACUGGCUGGAGCUGGUUAGACCUUUGGUGACCCUAACAGAGAACAUGCUAUGCUGCUGUCUCUCAUGGGUUGCAUUUCCAAGAGCAGAACUGGAAAAGGGUUCUGAUUUCUAUAGAACUAGAAGCUGUGCAUGUCCUAGAAAUCACAGAAUGUACCAAAAAGGAAAUUCUUCAGUGUUUGGUUUUUUUGCCUAGCACUUCUCUCCUAAUAUAUGAAGCUGGCUGUGAGUUCCAUUUUAGUUGGAUUAGAAUACAGGAUGAGGUUUUCAUGACUGUUCAGCUUGGCCCCCGACCUCCUACAAGUGGUUGAAGGGAAUUAGUUUUCACCAGACCUUCUAAUAUUUAGCAUGAACUGGCACAGUGUAUGCAAGAAUUUGCUGGAUCAGACCGGAGCCCUAUCCACUCCAUCAUUAUGUAUACCCAUUGGCCAACUCAGAUGCCCAUGAGAAGACCAGAGGCAUAUAGUUGUCUUUCCUCACUGAGAAACAGAGCAGUUCUUUAUAAAUAUUCACUAUCUGUUACAAGGUAAGAGCUUCCAGCACCGGCAAUCCCAGCUGGUCACCUUAUUGUAUGUGGGCGACAUCUUCUCCCCUCAUUUAACUUUAUGGCAGAAAUCUGUCCUCAUAUAUAUCUGGCAGCAUGUGCGAUAUCUUGCCAUGCCACUCAUCUUUGGGUUUAUCUCUUGCUGUCGUGGGAUGACAUUUCCAACAAGUGCUUUCUAAUUUUGCUCUCAUCUCUUGCAGUGCAAUCCUAAGCAUGUUUGCUCCAGAAAUAAGCCCCUACCCCUUCCGUCACUCAUAAGUGGAUAUAGGGCUGCAGCCUUACUAAAUUCUGCCACAUUUUGUUCUCUUGUCAGCCCUUCUCUCUUCGUAUCAGUAUUGUAAGGGCACUUGUCUAGUCAGAACGUG